CAGAAUCAUUUGAAUCUUUGAAGCUUCAACCCUUGUCAACCGAGUUUUGACUUCCAAACUUCUCUACACCGUCAACCGCGAUAAUUCGUUCCAAUUGACCUGUAUCUAUAAAGAUCGCUGAUUUCAUACUAACCAUUUACACAAGGGUGUUGACCCCUCGGGAGCCGCAAUGGCGUCAAAGCAACGUCCAUCAGUCCUGGUCACGGACGCGAGACAGAGACCACCUCAAAGGAGAGUUCUUCAACGACAAGACACUGGUGCAGGCGCCGGCGGAUCCCAGGCACCAAUGCGAUUCAUGACCGUCGACAAUGUUCUUCAGUACAACUCUCAAAUCCCAUCAGGCCAGCCACGCGGUCCUCCAGCACCAGUUCCUCCAGGACGACAUCCAGGACCCGCAGGCGGCGCUCUCAGUCGCCGAGUCUCUUCAGGCGGUCUACCCAAUGCUCAGUCUCGCACCGGCCAGCCAAUGCCCUCGAGAACGACAAAGAUAAGCGAGAAGCUGGUACUUCUUCCGGAAACAGGCGAUAAUGACGAUGACGUCGACGAGGAGAUCGAGAGCGAGUCGGUGCUCGCGCGCCGUGUACACGAUGAUGAGAAUCGACCUCUGAAAGACGAAGAGCUGGAUGUCCUCAAGAAACGGGGCGGAAUCCGCGGAAAGAGUUUUGCUGAGAGGCUGUCCAAGAUGCAGAGAACAGAAAAGGUUAGCAGGCUGACAGCAUACUGUACUGCGCAAGCCUACAAGAUUAAGCCGACUGCCGAGUUCCUGCGCAAGAAACAUGAGGCUAAAACCAAAAUUUACGACGACUGUCUAUACGUCAUCUACGCCUUGCCGCUACUCAACGGUACUGAUGGUUAUCGAGUACGAAGUCGACCUAUUCUCAAGACCCCUGGAACUGGAAAGACAGUUCUCGACCUGGAAAUCGAACGCAGCGAACAAAGGGACCACCAUGAAGGGUACUUUGAGGAUGAUGCAUACGAAAACCCGAGUCCUGAGCGUGGCCAUGAAAUGCCUUCUUACUUGACUGAUCGCCCCUCAACUCCUGAGCGCAGCAAUCCCUUCCGCCACGACGAUGACGUUUCAUCUAUGAACCGACUUGCGCCCGACGCAAAGAACUUUGCCGAAAUGUUUGUCUACUCCUACGGUGUCGUCGUCUUCUGGAACUUUACCGAGCACCAAGAGAAGGACAUCCUUGCCGACCUUACUUUUGCCGAUGCCGACGCUACAGAGAACGGCGCUACUAGUCUUCUGACUCGACCCUUGGACCAGGAGGACUAUGAGACUGAAGAGUUCCAUUUCGAGUACAGCGCUGAUAUCAAGCGUCCUCGCAUCUUUAACGACAUGAUCACUCUGCUACCGCGAUCUGACCAUAUGAUCAAACUCACCAUCAGCCAUGCUAUUGCACAAAGCACACGGCUGUGUUUCUUUGAAGAACGCAUGAGUGAGACUAUGAUAAGUGCUCAGCAUGUACCCAAGACGCUGGCUCUAACAGGAGAGCUGAACAUGACCCGCACUGAAAUCGUGCGCAUGUUGGGCCAACUCUUCAAGAGCCGGGUCGACAUCAAUCUCUCGUCCAAUAUCCUCGAUGUUCCCAACUUCUUCUGGGACUCUGAACCAACUUUACAUCCACUUUACGCCGCCAUCCGCGAGUACCUUGAGAUUGAUCCACGCAUCAAGGUUCUCAACGAGCGAUGCCGUGUCUUCCUCGAUCUGGCCGAGAUACUGUCAGACUCUGUUGCCGACGCAAAGAUGAGCUACAUCACUUGGAUCAUCAUUGUCCUCAUUAUCGUUAGUAUCAUGGUUACCGUUACAGAAGUAGCCAUCCGUUUCGGCAUGCUCAGCAAGGCAAAGGGUACUGGUACUGACCCUGCCAUUAUCGUACCUGUUCUUGGUGAUGGCGUAUCCGGACAAGGCCAUGUUGCCUUGCCACCAAGUGACCUCGAAAUACUGGCGCAGACACUAGGCCUGCAAACUAAUGCCUCGUUCGACGAUGUUCAGCAGAGUAUUUUGGCCUUGAAAAAGAAGACCCUUCCUGAUGCCUCGAUUGUACAUGCUUCGUACGAGGACAUCUGAAAUCGACACAUCCUAUUCCUUAUAUUUCGCAUAGCACGGCGUUAAUGGACGGCAGUUUCAAAGAUUGUCUUUUCCUAAUAAAAAUGUUUAUCGGGGUGGUGUUUUGUUAGAAAGGACAUCAAUCCAAAUAGGUUCGCAGCCUUUGUCUAUCUAGCACGGGAGUUCCUCGGGAAUAAAAGAUUUUCACUUUCACUAUCAAGUAUAAUACACAUGUCGAAUGCAGACACAGCAACGCAGGCAUUGAUGUAGAGUAUCUAUUCUUACUCUGGAAAUGCAAACCCUAUUCAAGAAAAUUGAAGAAACAACCAAAGGUGUAUAGAAAAGGCCACAUAGUUUCCGGGCCUGCACAUUUUCGAAAAAACCCAUAGCCCAUGAUCAUGAUAGUAAUAACAUCCCUCAGUCUCCAAUCUCCCCCCGAUCCUGCUUAGUGGUGGGCGAGUCCGCGGGGAGCCGCCGGAUAUCAAGUACAAAUAGAAUUUUACCAGAUGUCGAUCCAUGCUACACACCCAGCAGAGAUCCCAAGAAGCGAAGAAAAAGACGCCGAAAAAAGAAGCAGUUCGCCUUUGCCAGUCUUCACUCGCCCGAUCGUCUAUAAAAAGGUCAUGUAUUAAAAGUGAGAAUAUCCGAUCUCAAUAGCGCACCAAGUUUACCGAGCCUGUUGCUCGACGGGCUUGUAAGCGGCGGCAGCAGCCUGUUGGCUCUUGCGGUUCUUGUUGUCGAGUUCGGCCUUGCUGUAGAUGGCAGCACCAAGCAUUGUGACGGCCAUACCAGCACCGUUAAGCAGAUCGAUGGUCACGUCGAAGAGGAAGAUGCCGAGGGCAACAGUCAAGCACUGCUUGAGGUUACCACAGACGGUCAUGGUCAGAGCACCAGCAAGCUUGUUGGUGUUGAAAGACGAGAUGUUGAGCAGAAGGGCGAGGAAACCGUUUCCGAAGAGCGAGGCGAAAGCGGGGGGGAGAGAAACGUCCCCAGAGGUGAUGAGCUUGUGGAAGCCGCUAACUUCACCGGUGGCAGUAGCGCAAGCCAGAGCCUGAAGAGCAGCGAGAGGAGACAUGCGGAGGAGGAACUCGAUCGGGGGGAGAGCGAGAGAUCCAGUCAUGAAUCGGUUGGUUACGACAGUCUAUAAAAUGGUUAAUGAAGAGUUUGAGCCAUGUCAGGAAAGGGCGUACCUUGAGAGCGGCGAGCACGACACCAAGAAUAGUGAGAAGGAAGCCGGCGUCAGUGAAGCUCAUCUCACCUAGGGUGGUCAUGGCAGCACCGACGAUAAGAGGCAGGAGAGAAAGGUAUGUCAUGGUGCUAUAGGUUCGGCCGUAGUAAGUGCGGUAGAUAAGGAUGGUGAAGAUCGGGCAGAGCAUGCGCAUGGUCUGGUAGAAGGGAACGGAGACCAUAGCGAGAGACAGGUUGGAAACGGCGAUGUUGGCAGUGAAGAGAGCACUGAAAGCAACGAGGGCGAGGUUCUCGCGACGCCCCAAUCGUGAGAGCUUAAAGUAACCCAUUUGCAUCAUGACAUAGGUGCCGACACUGGCGAACGAGGCGUGGAGGAAAGUCAAGAGCCAUGGGAAGUGGAACUAUUGGAAGCGCAUGUUAGUCUUUGGACUAUCAGGGUGCCAUAAGCGGUUGAUGUCGUCAACUUACCAUUCCCAGAACAAGCUUGUUGUAAAGAGUGAGGAGCAGAGAGAAGAAAAAGUAGGUUCCGAGCCAUGCGAACUUGACGGUACUGGGGAUAGAGUACUCAUGCUCAAGGUUGUUGUUCUUGGGAGGCUCGGCUCGGCCAGCGUCGCUCUCGACAUCGAGCUCGCCCUUGAUAUCACGCUCUCUCUCCUCGGCGGAGAGGAGAGGAAGAGGCUCCUCGUUAUUGGGACGGGAAGACAUGGUGAUGGAUGCGCCGGAGAUUCGUGGGGAUGCGAUCAGGUACCGUUGACGAACGUUAAGAAUAUCGUGGGGUCUCUAGCAUAACCCGGAGUCGACUCAAUCAACAACGAUGAACCGACUAAGAAAUCCGCAAGCGCAGUCGAUUACCGACAAAAUGCAAAUGCAGACCAAGGUGCAGCCGAGUCUUUGAUGUAGUUGUAGGUAGUUGUUAAGUGGAAACGUAACACGGAGAUAGAUGGAAGCGAAAGAAAAUACAGGGGCCAAGCCAAGGGAGAAGGGGGCGGAGGCGCGUAAUAUGAUGGAAUAAAGCGAGCGAUUGGACCCAGACAGGGAGAUGAAUAUGGAGACAGGCAAAAAUCAAGUACUGAUCCCAGGUAAGAAAAUGAUCUUGCACAACACGCACACACAAAAAAGAAGAGAAAGUUGUGAAGAGUUGUUUCUUUCGAAGGGGGCUUGAAAAGGAGGGAUAAGAGAGAGUUUAAAGUGACGGGAUGGGGAAGAAGAAGAAAGAGUUGGGAGGCAGAAAAGGGAGGAAGGUUUUUAGGGAGACAAGCCCAAAAAAGGAUCUCAGGCUUACUGUACCUGUGUGAUCUGUACCCCCCAAAUCAAUAUCUACGGGGAGUUUCGGAGUCUUCAGUGAUUGAUAGCGGGGGUGCUUGCUAAAGGGAGUAGUCGGCGGGGCCUUACAAGUGGCUUACAAAAACGAAGCUAUUGGAUCGGGGUGCGGAGUUUGGAGGAAAAAGCCACUGGAGUGUGAGUCGAGGUACACUGAGGUGAGGUACCUUGUGGCGUCUGUGUCAAGAUUUAGUGAACAACUGUCAGCAUUGGCGGAACCUGCUCGCAGUAACCAUAACCAGCCUUGACUUGAUUAGCCAUGCAAUGCAAGCUUGGGUGGGCUAGGUAGGUAGUUAUUGUUCCAAAUGGAUUGGAUUUUUGAAUCCUGCAGUGGGAAAUUAAGGUGAUCGCUAUUACAUAGGCAGUGACAGUAGUGAUUGAUAGAGUUCCGC